AUGGGUGCCAUUACCUCAGUCGACGCGGCAGAAAAAUUCGACCGUGCAUCGAAUGCACGUGUCGUUUCCACGUCAUGCGUAGCCACGUCAUCCAGUGACACGUCAUCCGUUGCCACGUCAAGCUCAGAGGACGAGAGGCAGGAGGUUCAAGGAGAGCGCGAAUCUAGUGGAAGCGCGCCGUUGAGAAGAGAUGCGAGCCAUGCAUCAGCACCCGCGUCGUCAGGGUCUCACGCGGGAUCACCGUGCGACACAGGCGUAGUCGCAGGGGGCGCGGAGGCGGCGGCGCUGAUUCCGGGGCUGCCGGACGACCUGGCGACGGAGUGCCUGCUGCGCCUGCCGCGCCAGGAGCACCGCGCCAUGCGCCGCGUCUCACGGCGCUGGAACCAACUCAUUCAGUCCCCCCUGUACUACGAGAUGCGGCGGCACAGGGGAGUGCAGGAGGGGUGGGUGUACGUGCUCUCACGAGACAGCUCGGACCGCCUGUGGUGGCACGCGCUGGACGUGCGCUCCGCCACGUGGCACGACGUGCCGCGCAUGCCCUCCCUCUGCUCGCGCGCCUACGGGCUCGCCUGCGCAGCCUGCCAGGGCAACCUUUACGUCAUUGGCGGGGCGGGGUGGCUCAAACCCAGCAGACCGCACGUGUACAGGUACAACCCCCCGGCCAACAAGUGGGUGCGCGUGGCGGACUUGGCGUUCCCCCGCUGCUACUGCGUGGCCGGUGCCGUGCGCCUGGAGAGGGAUGGCAAGGGCCGGGAGCAGGGCGCGGGAUGGCUCGGAGACGGGGGCGACAGGGGGGGGGAGGGGAGGGAGGCGGGAGAUAGACUGGGGGAUGGCGGGUGGGAGAGGGAGAGGGAAUGCAGGAUUGGGAGGGAGAGGGAGAGGGAACGCGGGAUUGGGAGGGAGAGGGAGGAAGAAAGGGGGAUUGGGAGGGAAAAGGAAAGGGAAGGGGAGAGGCUACGGGAUGGGGAGGGAGCGCGAGAGGGAGAAAGUGUGGUUGGGGGGAAAAGGGAGGGAGAGAGGAGCGGAGUGGAGGAAAGUGAAAGGGCUGGGGAGAACGCAGGAGGGGGGGAGUCGAGCAGUGGAGGGAAACAGGGGGGUAGCAGCAGGGAGCCGAGAGUGGGGAAGGCGAGAGGGGCAGAGGGAGGGAGCAGCAGCAGCAGGGCGGAAGGGGUGUGUUCGGUGGGAGGGGCGUGGGCGAGUGAACGGCUGGUGGUGGCGGGUGGCAUGGGGGCGAGCAACACGUCACUGCUGACGUCAGUUGAAAUUUACCACCCGCAGGAGGACCGGUGGACCAGUGCGGCCCCGCUGCCCUUUGAGUGUGACUUAGAGGAUGCAGCCGUGCUAGCCAACCGACUGCUGCUGCGCCACAUGCGCUGCGUGCACUCCCCCCCCGGCCCUGACGCUGUCGCCUUCUCCCUCUCCUCCAACUCCUGGUCCCCGCUUUCCGGGAACCUUCCCUCUGCCUGGCACGGCCCGUCCACGGUGCUGGACGGUCGGAUGUACAUGCUGGAUCAGAUCGGGGGGAUCCGAUUGGCCGUGUACGAUGACGUGGCGCAGAUGUGGCGCCCGAUUGGCCGACUGUCCCCGGCGCUGCUGACGCCGCCGUGCCGGAUAUUAGGGUUUCGCGGGCGGCUGUACGUGAUAGGGAGGGGGCUGUCCAUGGUGGUGGUGGAGGUGGAGGAGGCGUUGCGGUGUGAUGGUGUGCUGCUGACGCGCCGCAUUGAUGGUGUCGGGUGCCCCUCCGAUGUGCGAUUCAUGGCGGCUGACGUGCUUCGUGGUGGUGGGUUGGCGAGUGCAGUGCGGUACGGAGGACUGCAGCGCGUUGCCUAA